AAGGGAGGCCUCAUUCUUUUUCCAUUUCCAGUCCAGUUGGGGCUUUUAACAAAACCAAAAUAAUAGAAAGAUCCCUGUGACUAGAAAGACUAGUAAGAUGUUUGAGAGGGAAUUGUAGCAAAGUAAAUCCUGUUUUCUAAUAGUUCAUUCCCAGGAAAGCAUUUGUGGUAUUGUAGUUUGAAAAUAUUUAGGACAAGGCUAAGAGAGAGCAUAAUUCUUGUAGAUCUUUUCUAAUAUUGUCAAACAUUACUUAAGUCUGAAUAAUAGUACCAUUCAAGUUUAUGGGACCAGUAAAAAAAAAAACCAACCUAAAUCUAGUGCCAAAAUAAAUCAUUUCUGGUGUAUGCUGUUGUCAUGGAUUGAGAGACUGCAUACACUUAACUUAAUAAUGCUAAGGCACUGACUCCUAAGUAAUUUAGUUCUAUAUACAUCCAGACUCUAUGAGUAUUUAUUCAGAAGUAAUUUCCACUCUGCCCAGUAGUUCUUUCUGCAACACAAGCCUGCCUAGGAUUGCACCUCUUUUGUUUACCCUUUUCUUUCAAUGCAUGCAUACAGGUGCUGUGAGAAUCUGAAUGGAUGGUACUUAAACCAGAUGCCUCAUUUACUGUCUAAUAUCUGCAUUUUUUUAUCUGUGGUAUCAGAAACCAGGUUAGCAGUUGGAUCCUUUUCAUAUUUACUCAGAAGUAAAUCCUACCAUGUUCAGUGGUCCUAGAACAGCUACAAUCCUAUGUAUACGUAUUUGGGAGAAAGCCCCAUUAAGCUAUUAGUGGGAUUGAUUGCAGUAUAAGCAUACACUGGAUGCUACUGCAAAUCCAGAGUCCUAUGCAUCUUUCCUCGGAGGUAAAUCAUGCUGAACUCAGCGAGGCAUUCUUCAAGCUAAAUGUGCAAAGGAUUGCAAACUAGGCUUUUUACACCAGGAGGCUCCGCGCAGGUGUGCUGAGUGACUCUUGGUAAGAGAGCUGGUUAGUUCCCGCGCUGGCCAAGGCCCGCCCAGUGGGGUAUUUAAGCAGCUUCCAAGAAGGGCCAGACCUGGGGGCGCGCAUUAUGGCUACCUUGGUGGACGAAGCCAUGGAGAGCUACGUGUAUCCCUCCUACAACCCCUAUUCCUACCGCUACCAGCCGCCCAAAGGCAAAGGAGGACAGGGCCCUUGGAGGCAGCGGGGCGGCUACUUCUCCGGCUAUGGUGAGACGGCGGCGGUGGCGGCCGCAGCUGCGGAAUACUUCGACAACUACCAGCGGGCGCAGCUGAAAGCCAUCCUGUCGCAGGUGAACCCCAACCUGACGCCGCGCUUGCGGAAGGCCAACACCAAGGAGGUGGGUGUGCAGGUCAACCCGCGCCAAGACGCUUCGGUGCAAUGCUCGCUCGGGCCGCGGCCGCUGCUGCUGCGCCGUCGAACGACCAGCAUGGAGCAGGAGCAAGGCAGCCCGGUCACCGGCAGCAUCCGGCCCGUGCGCUUCCCCAGGACCAUCGCCGUCUACUCGCCGGUGGCCUCGCGCCGCCUCACCACUUUCCUCGAGGAGCCCGAGCCUCCAGAGCCGCUGGCUUCGCCGCAGCGGGAAGCGGACGCGGACACCGCUGCUGCCGUCCGCGCCAGCUGGGAGAAACCCGAGGGGGGUCUCGCCGAGGAGCAGCGGCGGCCCCAGAAGGAAGAGAGCGAGGAGUCAUGCCCGCUGCCUGUGGGCGAGGAAGAGCUGCCCACCAAGCUGCAGGGGGAGGCGCCAGCGCAGGAGAAGAGCGAAGCGGACGGCGCCUCUCGGGCCGCUGGAAAAUGCGUGGCGCAGCAGCAGCAGCCCCAGGAGGACUCCGGGCAGAGUAAGACGCGCGUGCGCUUCCAGUUCCUAGAGCAGAAGUAUGGCUAUUACCACUGCAAGGACUGCAAUAUCCGCUGGGAAAGUGCCUAUGUGUGGUGUGUGCAGGGCACAAACAAGGUUUACUUUAGGCAGUUCUGUCGUACUUGCCAGAAAUCCUACAAUCCCUACCGUGUGGAAGACAUUACCUGCCAAAGUUGCAAGCAGACAAGGUGCACUUGCCCUGUGAAACUGCGCCAUGUAGAUCCCAAGAGACCCCAUCGUCAGGAUUUGUGUGGAAGAUGUAAAGGCAAACGUCUCUCUUGUGAUAGUACAUUUAGUUUCAAAUACAUUAUUUGAAAAAGAUGAUAGUAAAAUAGGUCUCAGGAUAAAAUUGCAAGUAGCAGAUAUUUUGUUUGGAAAGAGCAGGCUGCAGCAAUGGAAAGCUUGUCAAUAAGGCUGUGGUAAAGCCAUUGCAAAUCGUAAUGCAACCUCCUGUCUACCUCAUUUGUUGUAAUUGUAUUAAGGGGAAGGGAAUUUGCUUGGCAUACUGUGAGAACUAGAUUUUAUUUUGGUAUGGUACAAAUGGUUUAAACAAGGUCAAUAACUGAAAUUAUUUUUUAUGGGGGGAGGGAUGAGACCUAUUUAAAACUGCCCUGUCCACUGGGUGGGAUAAUAUGUGGGCAGUCUCUUUGCUUAUUAGCUGCUUUCCAUAGCAAGAGGUUUAUGUAGAAACAAAUGUACCCUGAGUGAUCAGAAACUAGGAAAUGCAACUGUACACUGAAGCUUCACAGUGACAAUUGCCCCAGGCAGGCAUAGUUAAAAGGAAAUGGAUUUAAGUCCAAUACUUUCACAAAUUUAAACCAUCAUAGGACUGACGUGGAAAUGGGGAAGCGACCAGUGAAUUGCAAAAUGCUGGAAGUUGUGUGGUGAAUUGUAGAUAUGUGCAGCUGCAGUGUAUAUCUGAAUGUAUGGAGUGAAACUAGGUAAUUCAGGAUCCCACUUGUAUGCAUAGCUGAAUAUUUGUAGUUUUAAUGGGGACACUGUUUCAAAAGCAUGCCCAUUAAAGAGUAAUUUUGUAGGCAAGUAGCGGUAAGUCAAAUGGCUGGCCAUCCAGAAUUUUCAGAGGUCAGUAUUUGUUUCGUUCUGAGCUAAGAUGGUGACUGUCAUGUAUCUAAAUAUACCGGAUACUUUUCUUGAGCAAAUGUCUGUGUGUGUGUGUACAUAUAUAUAAAUAAAAUGAUUGUAGUCAUUCA